AUGAAGGUUCUGUCUCUUGCCAUGGCAUUUGUCUUUGCCGCACUUGCGGUAGCAGGAUCUAUGGAAGAAUCAUCUAGCAAUAAAUUAGCUGAAAGAGAGGAUAAUGAUGAUAGCGAUGACUUUGAGCACAGAGCGCUAACUGGGACGGACAUGAAUAGAGUGAUCGACGUGGGUAGGGUAGCGCGAACUAGGAUGAACGUGAUAGCUUUGCUGACUAGGAUGGACAUGAAUAGGGUCGCUGACUGGGAUGGACGUGAAUAG